AUAAAUAGCUGGAAAAGAAACGUGUAGUUGUAGCAGUAAGAGUUUCAAGAGUUUUUGUGUGACUGAAGAAACAUCUCACGCUGUGACCUCUGACCUGUGUCAGUCUUUCUGCAGCUUCAUAAACACUGUAAAGUCGCCUGCUCUGCUGCGCCCUGAUUGGGACACUGACACACGUGUCACAGCGUGUUCAUGAGUUGCUGCCGCCACCAUUCGGAAACCUGCUGAGAUGAUUGUUUGCAAAAACUGCUGGACAAAUUCCAGCAAGAAGCUCAGUGAGGAGCGAGGACACGAAAACAGAUGACUCCACGGGGGGGGGAGACAAGUUUCCACAGUUUUCAGAUGUUUUGAACACUUCCUGAUGAACUGUUAUGGACUUUUGUUUUGAAAUCACAACAGUAUGACUAAGAGCCCCAAUAAAGUAUUUUAUUUUGAAAAUCUAAAUGUCUAAUCCUUCUAAUUGUUGUCUAAUUUUUGUGUUCUAUCCAGUUUUUCUUUCUCGACUCGUUGAGAUACAAACUUAUUAUUACUGAUACAUGAUUAUGUUCCUGUUCAUGAUCUUCUGUUCCAGUCUUCCUGUUCUUUAUUAAAAUACUCGGGUCGCUGUCAGAGCACAGACCGCAUUAGUUCUCUGAUGGAGUGCUACAGUGUGAUCGUUUCCUCCCUGCUGAAGGUGGCUGUUUGGUUGGUGGUGAUGUUGGUGGUGACUUUGACGAUGUCGCCAGUGUCUCACAAACAUUAACACAAACACAAAGUUAGGAAAAUAGACAGUGUCCUAAAGUCACUGAUUAAUGUCCAGUCACUCAUUUCCUCUCAGUCUGUCUUCUGCCUGCUCCGUCAGUCGCCCCUCCGUCAGCGGGCCGUCCGGCAGCCUCUGUUUGUUCUGAUGGAACAAAAGUUCAGAUCCUGAGAACACCUGGAAGCACCUGAAGAUACCUGCUGCUAUUUGUUGUUGUUGCUGAGAUGGGAUUCGCUGAGCUGCUGGAUGAGGUUGGUGGGUUUGGCAGGUACCAGUGGAUCCAUGUGACCCUGAUCAGUUUACCUGGUUUGCUGAUGGCGAGUCAGAACCUGCUAAACAACUUUGUCUCUGGAGUCCCCACUCACUACUGCAGCAUACCAGCCAAUCACAGCUUGAGCAACCUGUCGCACCUUCACCAGGUGGAUGAGAAGCAGCUGCUGAAAAUGUUUAUCCCUCCUGAUUCUUCAGGAAAUAGACUGGCCCGCUGCAGGAGGUAUGCGAAUCCUCAGUGGCAGCUGUUAGCUGCUAACAGUUCCACUAAUGUUAGCCACCUAGAGACCGAAGACUGCAUUGACGGAUGGACCUUUGAGCAAUCAGACUUUCUCGCCACCACCGUCUCCGAGUGGAGUCUGGUCUGCUCCCUCCGUCCUCUCAAACAAAUGAUUCAAACCAUUUAUAUGGGUGGAGUUUUAACGGGAGCCAUAGUCUACGGCAGCUUAUCUGACAGGUUUGGGAGGCGGUCCGUUCUGAUUUGGUCAUACCUGCAACUUGCUGUGCUUGGCUGUAGCUCCGCCCUUUCCCCCACAUACUCCACCUACUGCAUCUUCAGGUUUCUGAGUGGGAUGGCGGUGUCUGGGGUCAUCAUUAACGGAGUUUCCCUAAAGGUUGAGUGGAUCACAACCAAGACGAGGACAGUAGUCGGCACACUCAGUUCCUUCUUCUUCACCUUUGGUCAAAUGGUCCUGGCCGGGCUUGCAUAUUGGCUGAGAGACUGGAGGAAGCUGCAGAUGGUUGUCUGUGCACCUAACUUCCUGUUCUUCGCCUACAGCUGGUGGUACUCAGAGUCAGCUCGAUGGCUUGUUUUGAACCAGCGCUCUGAGGACGCAUUGAAGAGUCUUCACCGAGUUGCUCGGAUCAACGGGAAAUCAGAGAUGAUCGAUAAGAUCACUGUUGAGGUGCUCCACUCUCACAUGAACAAAGAGAUUGAGUCGGCUCGUUCAACAUUCACGGUGUUCGACCUGCUGAGGACCCCGGGGAUGAGACGCAUCUCCAUUUGUCUGAUGGCCGUCUGGUUCUCUACUAGUUUUGCAUACUAUGGCCUGGCGAUGGACCUCCAGAAGUUUGGGGUGAGUAUUUACCUGAUGCAGAUCAUCUUUGGAGCUGUAGAUAUUCCCGCCAAACUGUUUGCAUUGGGAAUACUCAGUUACCUGGGGAGGCGGGUCUCUCAGGCAGUUUGUCUCUUCUUCUCUGCCGCCAUCAUCUUUGCCAACAUCUUUGUCCCCACAGACAUGCAGACUCUGAGGACCACGCUGGCCUGCCUGGGUAAAGCUUUCACCUCAGCCUCCUUCACCACCGUUUACCUGUACACCGGUGAGCUGUACCCAACAGUUAUCAGGUGAUUAAAUAAAACCAAUGGCUCAUAUUUAAUAUUAAAUAAUGUUAAUUUACCUAACAAAAAACGCAUAUCUACAGGAUCAAAUUGCUGAAACAACUGAUUAAUGAGUUUGAGUAAUAUUCCUGUUCUGAUGACUUCAUAACCACUGGUCUGAAUACUAAACAUCGCAGCUAGGCCAGGGUCAUGCGACUCAUCUCAAUAACUCACUGAUAGGAUGAGGCAGGGUCUCACAACGGUUUCACCCGAAACCCUUUUUCACACCUUGACUCGGGGGUCAGCAAGCUUUAAGACCCAAAGAGCCUUUUGGACCCGGUUUACACGGAAAAGAAAACUGGGAGCCGCAAAUACUUUUUGACAUCUAAAACAAAGAUAAUACUGCACACAUUGUUUUUUACCGUUAUGCUAAACAACUAUAGUGUGUUGCUUAUGAAAUCCAUGAAGUGCUACAAAGAAAA